AAUAAGUCUAUUCGAACUGGGAAGAAGAUUUUUCCUGGUUGUCAAAAUCUGGCGCGAUAUUCUCUUCUUUGGUUUCACAAGAUAUUUCUGCAAAAUCGUGUCUGUGGUUGCACUUCUCUCUCUCUACGAUAUCCUAUAUUCUCUCUCUAAAACCAUCUAUAUUCCAUUGGACGCGGAUUAAUUACUCAUCGACUCUACUAAACACACUCCUUCAGUGCACCAUAAGGCAUAUAAAAUGGCGGCGGCAAGUGCUUCAAUCAUUACUUCUUCGCCCCAGACCCGAUUUGCUGCUCGUUGUUCCAUCAACAAUGCCGUUCCCUCUGCUUCGUAUACAUAUGCUAGUAGUGUCACGGGGUCUCGCUUGCUGGGAUACCUUCCAAAUAAGAGGAGAUCUGUGAAGAUUAGCAGAAAGAUAACUGCAGCUGCAGCUGUUGUAACAGUUCCCGUUGAGGAGGAAGUCAAAGAGUUCACACUUCCUACUUGGGCUGAAUUUGAAUUUGGAAGAGCUCCUGUCUACUGGAAAACCAUGAACGGUCUUCCUCCUACUUCUGGGGAGAGGCUGAGGAUUUUCUACAAUCCAGCUGCGGCCAAACUUGUUCCAAAUGAAGAGUUUGGAAUUGGUUUUAAUGGAGGUUUUAAUCAGCCCAUCAUGUGUGGGGGUGAGCCUAGGGCUAUGCUCCAGAAAAGUAGAGGCAAAGCUGAUCCCCCAAUAUAUUCAAUCCAAAUAUGUGUUCCUAAACAUGCUGUAAAUUUGAUCUUCUCGUUCACAAACGGAAAUGAGUGGGAUGGCCCCUAUAAAAUGCAGUUUCAAGUUCUGAAGCCUUGGCAAAACAAACCAAUUACCUUUUUCAAUGCGGGUCUUGCAGAAGAGUUGAGUAAAGAUGGUGCGUGUGACAGGGCAAUAUUCCCAGAUUCAAGCAUUGUCGCCACAAGAUGUGCUCUGAUGGGGAACCUGACCAUUGAAGGAGGCGAUCGCUGCAAUCUUGACCUUGUACCCGGGUGCACUGAUCCUUCCUCAUCUGACUACAACCCCUUUGCCAAUGUAGAUGAUGGAUCAUGUCCGAUCGAAUAGAUUCAGAGGAAUAGCAUGAUCGUGUAUGUAUUCUCCAAUCUGACGGGUACGACUCUACGGGCAAGUAGUAAAUAUUGUAGAUACACCAUCCCAAAGGAGUGUCCUGGUAUUAUUUCCAGGUUCUUUUGUUCAUAACUCCGCUUAUGAUUUUGCAGUAAAAUGGGCAAAUGAAAUUAGUGCGUUGAUAAA